AGGUUACAAUAAAUACGCCGAAGAUACGACAUCACGUGAUAGUGAUUCUUUAAUACAAGAAUAUGGUAAUAUAUCAACAGAUGAAGUGAGCACAUAUUGUUGGCGACAUCCCAAAGUACGAGAAAAUUGGCGUACUGUCUUAGCAGCCGUUACAUUGUUAAUCGUUGGCACCGGUCUAUUUGUUAUGGGUACAUUUGCGGUUGCCGAUCCAGCGAACACCUCACAGGGUGUAGUAUUUUUUGUAGCCGGUCUUAUAUGUUUUAUACCAGGCGCCUAUCAUGUUGUCUAUAUAUGGCUGGCUGCCAAAGGCUAUCGAGGGUUUGAUUUCUAUCAUUUGCCACUAUUUACAUAAAAAUCCUUUUUUUUUAUUUAAAUAAUUUUAUGCUUAAAUUAAAAAAAAGGAACAAAAACAACAAGAUAAUCUCUUAUAAUUUUUAUUUUAAAUAUUAAUACAGAAAUACACACACACACACGAUUUAAAACGAAUUU